GAUAUGUAUCAACAGUUACCAGCUGUGCCCUAUAUCUAUCACCCCUGCCAGCACUGGGCACAACCCUAAAGCAAUAUGUAUCUGCUAUUAUAGCCAAUUAUAUUGGUUCCUUUGCUCUUUUUUUUUCCAUAUAACUUGAAAUGUAUUCUGAAAUAAGUGGAUCUGCACUCAGGGUUCAAUAUUGAGCUCCGAAAUGCCUUGAUAUUUUAUGAUGCCAAUCACAGACUGAAGGUCCCAGAGAAACAGCCAACCACCUCCCUGUCUGACUGUAGGAUCGGCUUCUUUUCAUGGACGGCUUCAAUAAACAAACAGAUGUCGUGCACCUUACAGGGCUUGAGCGAGAGCCAAAGUGUCAGUUUAACUGUCGGGAAGAGAGUGGGAGGAUCAUGAUCUAUAUUCAAAGUAUAAGCCAAAGGAUCUGGGCCUAUAUUCACAGCGUCCCCCGGUGGAUGUGGAUGUACAUUGCAGGGGGUGCAUUUGUGGUGCUGCUUGUAAUCCUGGUAGGAAUUUGCUCCAUGUUGAAGAGGAGGAAAAGGAAAUCUGGGACUGACAUAGAAAAUCCAAAAGAGGCAAAGAAAGAAGAGACUUCACCUAUAGAAGAAGUUUCAGAGUGUGGAAUAAAUGUCGGAGAUGCCCUACGGGGGGCAAAUGAGUCAGAAGAAAGGGCAACAAGUGGUCAACCAAGGGAAGAAGAAGGAAAGGCUGUUGAGCCCCAAAGACAAAGGGGAGAGAAAAGUCAUGGGAAAAAGAAAAGAAAGAGACGGAAGAGGAAGGAAGAAGAGGAAGUAAGGCUGGACACAGGAACUGAAGAGGAUGUGCAGGAGGAAGGAAGUAGGAAGGAAAUGAUUACACAAUGUUUCUGGGAAUGUGGGAAGUGCUGCUGUUACUGUAUAUUCCAUGUUCUGCACUACUGGAGUACUGUCAUCAUAGAACAUGUGACCUUCAUCUGGUGAUUCCCACCCGGAGACACAGGCACAACUCAGCAGUCACAAUUGGGGGUGCACCUUUAUUAUGAAUGUUCCCACCAACACUGGGGCAUUAGAGGUCUCCUCCCCAAUCUCUUUAAAGGGCAAGUCAUUCUAUAACCUACUGAAUGACUGGGAACUGUCCCCUUAAGGAAACAUUCGCACAGUGAGGAUAUAAAAAACAGAAUAACGAAACUUUCAAUAUCAGGCGUCAUUAUUACUCGUUAUUUUUUCAGAAUCAGUUCAGUGAAGUUGAUAGAAAUAUAAAGCCCAGCUUUGGGGACAUAGGCGGGUCAUGUAGAUGUUGGGGUAGGACUCAGCCAGUCAUGUUAUUGGUGGGUUUAUAGAAGCCGUUUCACUAGCCCAAUACUAAGAGGUGCUUACCCAUGAUAUUACAGAAAGAAUAAUCAGAUUUUUAUCUGACCUACUGAUAUAUUAAUACUGGUGCCAGCACUAGGUAUAACAUCAUAUUCCCAUUGUGCCUAAAUUGUCUAGCCCCUCCCUCAAAUGUGCCUCUUGCACCUCCCACUGUGAACAAAUUGUAGCCGCCAUUGGCAGUAUGGAGCCAUAGUUCCUCCAGUGUGCCCCUUAUAUAUUUAUAUAUAGUGAUCAUAUCCCCUUAUAUAUUUAUAUAUAGUGAUCAUAUCCCCUU